GUGGGACAAUCCCGUCACUGCUGGGCUGAUGUCAGGACCAGGACUCACCUGCAUGCAAAGGUUUCUAACCCCCUGCUGGUACUAUGUGGGCGAGCUGCUGUAACUGGUUCUGUGUGGAUGGCUCCCCUGAGGAGAUGCAGCCGCCGCAGGCAGCCCGAGCCCAGGCCUAUUCCAACCCUGGCUACAGCUCCUUCCCCUCUCCCACUGCUUCUGAACAGAGCUGCAAAGCCUGUGGCUUGCACUUCGACAGCUCCUCCAGCAAGCACAUCUGCUUGGACUGUAAGAAGAACUUUUGCACAUCCUGCUCAAACCAGCCCGAGGGUGGGCCCCUGCUCUGCCACCUCUGUCAGCGCUUCCGAGCCACGGCUUUUCAGCGGGAGGAGCUGAUCAAGAUGAAGGUGAAGGAUCUGAGAGAUUACUUGGCACUCCAUGAGAUCUCCACAGAGUUCUGUCGUGAAAAGGAGGACCUGGUAUUCCUGAUCCUUGGCCAGCAGCCUCCAAUUACCCAGGAAGAUCAGAUAAGAACAAACACAUUUAAUACCAGUGCUCGUGGACAGCAAGACUUUGUGAGUCACCCCCCAACCAGCCUGGCCUCUCCUACCUCACACGAAGAGCCCUCAGUGUCUGCAGAUCCCAUCUCAAGUUCAGAAGCUCAGGAACACCAACAGGCCAAUGGCCACGUGCCUCCGAGCCCAGCCUGUGGAACAGCAGCUGAGAAUGCAGCAGAAGAAGCAGCAGCAGAGGACGAGACACAGUCUAGUGACUCUGAGGAUAACCUGGUGCUGGGCAGGAAGGCGUCUCUGUCUGACCUGACGAGCAUCGGGGACAUCAACGCGCUCUCGGUGCGGCAGCUGAAGGAAAUCCUCGCCCGCAACUUCGUCAACUACAAAGGCUGCUGUGAGAAGUGGGAGCUACUGGAGAGGGUCACUCGCCUCUACAGAGAGAAGGACCUUCAACAUCUAGUUUUGGACACUGAUGAUCAAACUGGCGGUGCUGGGCCCCCCAGCAGCGAGGACAACCUGUGCAGGAUCUGCAUGGAUGCUCCCACCGACUGUGUGCUGCUGGAGUGCGGGCACAUGGUGACGUGCACCAAGUGCGGGAAGCGCAUGAGCGAGUGCCCCAUCUGCCGCCAGUACGUGAUCAGGGCCGUGCACGUCUUCAGGACCUAAAGGUGCCUCUGGCUCAGGGUGCUGUGCCUUAAAGCCUCAGUGCUCUUAGGGAAAGGGCCAACAUCCCUGCCAAUAGUUACCCUGGAGAUUAGCACAGACCCCGCUGCAAGGGAGGGGAAGGAGGAGGCCUGGGGAAAACUGCUCUGCCCAAGCCAUGCCCCGUGUGCUCAUCCCGCCGUCGUGCUUUACACCACAGUGCCUGGACUCGUUGGAGCUCAUUGCCAGCAAUCAUUAACCGCCUCCAUCCUAGGAUAAUUUGAGGACACAAGGAUGCCCAGCUUUUCCACCAGGAAGAUCGGAUCCAGAGGCUUUGUAUUUUCCUCUGAAUAAUAAAAGUGAACUGGGGUCUCAAAAUGUGUCCUUUGUUUUGCUGCUCAGGCUAUGCUCAGCAACAACUUGAUUUUCAAAGAUUAAAAUGUCACUGUGCUUGUUAAUUUUAAUUUAAUGUAAAAUUGUUAUGCUUGCAGGACAGGCAGCCCAUCCCUGCUUUCCCUAAUUCUAGCCUAGUGCAGUUGUGGAAAAAUGUGUAAUUUUAUAUCAAGGUUAUCUUUGUAUUAUUGCAAACUGUUGGGGAGGGAGGCUGGGAAGGCUCAGCCUUGCCCUGUGUGCUGGAUUUUUGUUUCUGUGCCAGAGGGACGUUUCUGGUUUGAUUUUGUCGACUUUGACUUCACAGCAUGUGCCAGAGCUGGGGCUCAAACUGAGCUGCCCUUGCUGAGGGGAGUUACUAAUCCAAGGUUUGAGUAUUCCCCAGGGUUUACUGGGGAAACCAGAGAGCUGCAGAGUCCUGAGGACUCCACUGCUACACAAUCAUAUUUAAGUACAGGUGACUUUUUCUUUUUUUAGAAGGGAAUCAUUUGUCUCCAGUGGAUCCACGAGCAAUCUCCACUGCCAAUCAGCUUCUCCCAGGGCCCAGUUCUACGGUUCUGUUACCUUCCACUGCUUACCAAAAGCAAUUUUGUCCUUUCUGCUGGUGAGGGUGGGGAGAGAGGCUGUGGCCCGAUCCCUGACAGCUCUCCUGGGCCGUGUGUGGAGCUGGAAGAGACUCGCUAGAGGAGUCUGGCAGUUGUUGCAGGAGCUGACUGUAACUGGUGCUGCUCCACAGCCAAGCUUCAGCAUCCUGCUGCCCUCAGUGUCCAGCAGCAGGGCACUGUGCCCUCACUGCAGCACAGCUUUCCUGGCUGCUCUGGGCACAGGGGAUGACAAAGCCAGAGAGGAGCUUGCAGGGAGUCCCCUCACUGCUCCUGGGGCACUGAAGUGCAGCACCAGAGCUCCUGUGCAGUGGAAUCAUGGCAGCAGCACAUUGCCCUCGUGUGUUCUGAGCAGGGCCAGUUCCAGGAGCAGCAGCUCAGCUGCAGGGAGCGCAGGGUCUUGGCUCUGGGAGCUGCAGCUGUUUGCCCCUGAGAUGAGAAAUCCAUGGAGCAGGAGGCAGCAGGAGAGAGCCAUGGACUCAUCACUGAAGUGGUCUCAAAACUCCAUAAAACUGCAGCUCCCUGAACUCAGCAUUCUGAGUUCUGCUCUGUGAAAGGUCAGGCUGUUCUUUAAUAUUUGACUUAAGGUUUAGCAGAUCCAGCACCAGAACAAACUGAGUCAGAGCAUCACAGAAAAAAGGGCAGGUAAGAAGUGACUCUGCCCUGGAGAGGGCACAGCGACCUCGAGGAGCUGCAGGAAUACACAGAGUGCUGAACAGCCUCAUUUAGGAAAUUCACUGUGAAAAUUCAUGUUAUUAUAUUUUUCAAUAAACUCAGGGCUGGGGGAAUUUAGCAGGAAGAAAAUGAUUCCCCUAUGGAUAGAUGUACUUUUCCUUGUUGAGGGUAGGCUUAUUUUCUACAGCAGAUAAAUCAAGCUGCAGAUCAAUGCCUGUAAUUUUAGGGAUGAGAAGAUCCAACCACCCUGUGACUCUAAAAUGUAUUUGUGAAGGGAGGACUCUUCUUGUUUCCCUUGUAAAAAUGGCUUCUCUACUUAUGGAUACGAGUGAGUUGUUUUUUAAAGGAAAAUCAAAACCUGGAGGAAACUGAUUAAUGAUCCAAAGGAAUAUAAUGUUCUGAACUAAUAAAGUAAAUGGAAAUAUUUAUGUGCUUUAUGUACACUGUUUCAAGAUUUUAAAAGUUAAUAUUCUACUUGAAAGGGCAUGUUAUUCACUAUUAAAUCCUCUGGUACUAUGACAGUUAAACUUACUAGUUUUGGUACAGAAGUUUGGUUUAUAAUUUUAUAAUAAAGCUGAAAUGUGAUUGAGUUA